UACCUCUUUCUCUCUCCUCUGCGUUCUAAAAACCGAACUCGCUUUUUUGUCCCUCUCAUUGCAGAGAGAGAAAUGCAGAAGCAGUGGAGUUGCCUUACUGUUUCUAUUAAGUAAUUUAAGUUUUGGCGAAGAGUUGAAGAUUAUUCAACAUUGAAGUUUCUAUCAGUUCCUUAAUUUCUUAUUUUCCGGAGGCCGAAGAGAAGCAGAUUUGGGUUUUUGAUAGUCAAAGGCGUUUUCCUCUCUGCUCCUGUCACCUUCUCUCUCAACGUCACUUUGACGUGUCUGCCUUAGGUGCAGGUGACCAACUUUUCUGAACAAAGAGAAGCAUCCAGAUUAACUGAGGAUUUCCUCCCAGUGCUUGACCAUGGGUAACAAUGAAGAUGGGAAGUCCUCUAAGCCUGAAAAAUCAUCUUCACCCGUACCAGUGGAUCAGACCAAUUUUCAUGUCUAUCCUGAUUGGGCGGCCAUGCAGGCAUAUUAUGGCCCUCGGGUUGCUCUGCCACCAUACUAUAACUCGGCCAUUGCAUCUGGUCACGCACCUCAUCCAUAUAUGUGGGGCCCACCACAGCCUAUUAUGCCUCCUUAUGGAGCACCUUAUGCAGCAGUGUACUCGCAUGGAGGAGUAUAUGCGCAUCCAGCUGUUCCAAUUGGAUCGCAUCCUCAUGUCCCUGGUGUUCCAUCAGCUCCUGCUGCUGCAACACCUGUGAGUGUAGAAACACCUACAAAGUCUACUGGAAAUACAGAUCAAGGUUUAAUGAAGAAAUUGAAAAGAUUUGAUGGGCUUGCGAUGUCAAUAGGCAAUGCUAGUAGUAACACAGAGAGUGCCGAGGGUGGGGACCACAGGCUGUCUCAGAGUGUGGAGACUGAAGGUUCCAGUGAUGGAAGUGAUGGAAAUACAGCUGGGGGAAGGAAAAGGAGUUGUGAGGGGAAACCAACCAUUGCAGUUGGAGAGAUGAGAACUGAGACACAAGCCAGGUCCGUUCCUACUGGGAAGGUGGGUGGAUCUCCUGAUAAGGUAUUGGUUGCUGCUGCCGCUUCUGCUAGUGCUUCAGGAAAAUCUUUGGGAGCUGUAGUUUCUUCUGGCAUGAGCACAGCAUUGGAGCUCAGAAACCCUCCUAUGGAUGCUGCUAAGGCCAAUGCAGCUAACAUUCCACAACCUUGUCAAGUUCUGCCUUCUGAAGCCUGGAUACAGAAUGAGCGGGAGCUGAAACGGGAGAGGAGGAAACAAUCAAAUCGAGAAUCUGCUAGACGGUCAAGAUUGAGGAAACAGGCUGAGAGUGAAGAACUUGCUCGUAAAGUCGAAUCCUUGACCUCUGAGAAUUUGGCACUUAAAUCAGAAAUGAAUCAAUUGAUUGAGAAAUCUGAGAAACUAAGGCUGGAAAAUGCGGCAUUGCUGGAGAAGCUCAAGAAUUCACAGUUAGGACGUAAGCAAGAGGUUAUUUUAAACGGCAGUGAGAAGCAGAGUGCCUCAGCUGUUAGUACGGAGAACCUAUUGUCAAGAGUUAGUAAUUCUACCUCUGUUGAUAGAAGCAAAGGGGAAGAUGAGGAGCUGUAUGAGAGAAGCUCAAACCCGAGGGCCAAGCUGCAUCAACUCCUGGGUGCAAGUCCAAGAACCGAUGCAGUGGCUGCAGGCUAAUCUUAGAGAAUAGUUAUUGUCUAUAGUUUCGUUUUAAUCUUAAAAUUACAGGCAACCAUGUAGUUUUGGCAUAUUACAAGCCCAAAAUUACUUCUAACGGCCAGCAGUGGGAUUGGAAUCCAUCUCUUAGACUUUUAAUCCACUUGUUAGUUUUCUCAUGGCAGAACUCUGCAUGUGCUGUAAUGGUGACUGAAAGGUAAUGUAAAUUGAAGAGAACCAGAGAUCUGGUCUGGGGAAGGUGUUGAAACUUUUAAUAUGCAUAUGUCUGCGGUUUUUACUGA